GUGAUGUAUACACAUCACCCGCGGGUGAUGCAGUUCUUUCACUUUAGACUUUUCUCCAGCGGGCAUCCCAUCCCAUUUCAUUUCUCACUUCUAUCCUUUCUCUCAAUUUCAUUCCUUUCUUCUUCUUAUUUUUUUUUUUUUCUUUAACGAACAAAUCAUGUAUCCUCCUUCCUCUUCUUCUUCCUCUUCCUCUUCAAUGACCUGCUCUUCCGCGCAAAAUCACAAGCCGUUGGGUCCCACCAACCUCACGCGCUACGUCUCAGCUCCAGGCUCGCUUUUGACUUCGGCCGUCGAUUCGAUCAUCGGAUCGCACCAGCCUCAACAUCAACCAUCGCUUGUGCCGCCUCCUCACUACUUCUCUUCGCCUCACGAUUCCUCCUCUUCUUGCUCUUCCUUCACAGCCGACUCCACCUGCAAAGUCAACUCAUCCAACGAUCCUAAACACUCCAAAACCGGACUUCAGAGAUCCUACGGCCUCAAUGAAAUCGCUCACUGCUCCUUGCUCAGACAGAGAAGCUCUCCCGCUGGCUUUCUCACCAGUCUCACUGCUGAAAACGGAGGUUUUUCAGUUACAAGGGAGUCUGGAACCUAUAUGUCACAAGGUGGCUCUAAUGGUGGCCUUGGAGUGUCAAGGUUAAAGUCUCAAUUGAGCUUUAACAGACAAGAUUCUCUUUCUCAAAUCUCUGAAAUAAGUGAGAAUGGCAUUGAUGGAGUUAGCUCAGGUAACCGCCAACAAAAUCGUGCACAUUCAUAUGCCACGACUAGUUUUGGAUUAGAUUCCUGGGAUAAUGGCAAUUCAAUCGUGUUUUCUGCCCCUCCAAGUAAACGAACUAAAACUAUGGAUGGUGAUAUUUUUAACUGUUUCAAUGGCUUGGAAACUCAGUUUAGCCUGCCACAGACAUCUCUUGAAAUGGCCACGGUGGAGAAGUUACUCCAGAUCCCUGAAGACUCCGUCCCCUGCAAAAUCCGCGCUAAACGUGGCUGUGCCACCCAUCCCCGGAGCAUUGCUGAAAGGGAGCGAAGAACUAGAAUAAGCGGAAAACUGAAGAAACUGCAAGACCUGGUUCCUAACAUGGAUAAGCAAACGAGCUAUGCCGACAUGCUGGACCUGGCAGUGCAGCAUAUCAAAGGCCUUCAAAACCAAGUUCAGAAACUGCAACAAGAAGUUGAGAACUGCACAUGUGGGUGCAAACCAAGUUCAUGAUGGUAACGAAUAACACGAGGACAGCAAAGAAGGUAGACAAAAAUUUGUACUUUACCAUAACCUUUUGAUUUUCGUAACUUUGAAGUGUAAGUUGUAAGUAUGAUUUAAUUGAAAAAAUGUACAUAAGCAACUAAGUUUUUGUUUUGAAUCAAAGAUGUGUAUGUUUUGUUCAUUAGACAAAUAAAAAUGUGAUGUAGUUCAA